AAAAAAAAAAAAAAAAAUAGAAGGUUUCUGGCUUCUCAUUCUCAUCCAUUCAUACUCAUUUUCUAUUUUGUUUUUUGUUCACAAUGGGUCUCUUGACUAUUCUUAAGAAGAAUCGCCAGAAGGAAAAGGAAAUUCGUUUGUUAAUGCUCGGACUUGAUAAUGCUGGGAAAACGACCAUCCUUAAGCGAAUCAAUGGUGAGGAUAUCGACACCAUCUCUCCUACAUUGGGUUUCAAUAUCAAGACAUUGGAGCACAAAGGGUUCAAGAUGAACAUUUGGGAUGUUGGUGGUCAAAAAUCAAUCCGUUCUUAUUGGCGCAACUACUUUGAACAGACAGACGGUCUAGUGUGGGUGGUCGAUUCUGCCGAUCGGCUGCGACUUGAGGACUGCAAAAAGGAGCUCCACGAACUGCUUAAAGAGGAGCGCUUGUCUGGUGCAUCCCUGUUGGUGUUUGCAAAUAAACAAGAUCUCCCUGGUGCUCUUAAUGACGAUCAAAUCCGCGAGGCAUUGGAACUUGAUAGUAUUCAAACUCACCAUUGGGCAAUCCUCGCGUGUAGUGCCAAGACAGGUGCCCACCUUCUCAAAGGCAUGGAUUGGAUCGUAGGCGACAUAGGAUCAAGGAUCUACUUACUUGAUUAGUUUUUUGCUGCGUGGAAAAAUUAGUAGUAAUAAAAGGACCU